AUGGCGGAUGUGUUGAGUGUUCUUCGUCAAUACAAUAUCCAAAAAAAGGAAAUUGUCGCAAAGGGAGAUGAAGUUAUAUUUGGAGAGUUCUCCUGGCCGAAAAAUGUCAAGACCAACUACAUUAUCUGGGGAACUGGGAAAGAGGGUCAGCCUAAAGAAUACUAUACUUUGGACUCUAUUUUGUUUUUGCUCAACAAUGUACAUCUACCACAUCCGUCCUACGUGCGAAGGGCUGCGACAGAGAACAUCCCUGUUGUUCGAAGGCCUGAUAGAAAGGGCUUGCUUUCUUACCUUAAUGGCGAAAGCUCAACAUCAACUAGUAUUGACAGAAGUGCACCCAUAGAAAUUGGCCUGCAAAGACCAACUCAAGUCAAAAGAGCUGCUGAUGAGGUUUCUACAGAAGCCAAAAAACCCAGGAUUGAGGAUGAGGAACGAGUGCGUUUGGACAAGGAGCGUUUGGCUGCUCGUUUGGAGGGCCACAAAGAGGGUAUCGUACAGACUGACCAGAUCAGAUCGCUGUCUGAGGCCAUGUCAGUGGAGAAGAUUGCAGCCAUUAAAGCCAAGAUUAUGGCCAAGAAGCGGUCCACCAUCAAAACUGAUUUGGACGAUGACAUAACUGUGAAACAGAGAAGCUUUGUGGACGCUGAAGUAGAUGUCACUCGAGACAUUGUCAGCAGAGAACGGGUCUGGAGGACAAGGACAACCAUUCUUCAGAGCACAGGAAAGAACUUCUCCAAGAACAUCUUUGCCAUCCUUCAGUCGGUGAAAGCCAGAGAAGAAGGGCGAGCCCCUGAGCAAAGACCAGCACAGAACACAACUCAAGUGGACCCUUCGCUAAGGAACAAGCAGCCAGUGCCUGCGGCCUAUAACAGAUACGAUCAGGAGAGAUUCAAAGGAAAAGAGGAAACGGAAGGUUUCAAGAUCGAUACCAUGGGUACCUACCAUGGAAUGACGCUUAAGUCAGUAACGGAAGGUGCAUCUGCUCGGAAGGCUCAGACUCCUGCACUACAACCUGUACCUCGCCCAGUUUCACAAGCCAGACCUCCACCAAAUCAGAAAAAAGGGUCCCGCACUCCCAUCAUCAUCAUCCCGGCCGCCACCACCUCACUCAUCACAAUGCUGAACGCCAAAGAUCUGUUGCAAGAUCUCAAAUUCAUCACAUCAGACGAGAAAAAGAAGCAAGGCAUCCAGCGCGAUAAUGAGGUUCUUCUUCAGAGGCGCAAAGACCAGAUCCAACCUGCCGGCAACACGCUCUCUGUCACCGUCCCCUACAGAGUCAUCGACCAGCCUCUCAAACUCGCACCGCAGGACUGGGACCGAGUGGUAGCUGUGUUUGUACAGGGUCCUGCCUGGCAAUUUAAGGGCUGGCCCUGGCUGCUGCCUGAUGGUUCUCCAGUCGACAUUUUCGCCAAGAUUCGAGCUUUUCACCUGAAGUAUGACGAGGCCAAGACGGACCCCAACGUACAGAAAUGGGAUGUAACAGUCCUGGAGCUCAGUCGCCACCGGCGCCAUUUGGACCGACCCAUCUUUCUACGUUUUUGGGAAACGCUGGACAGAUACUUGGUGAAACACAAAUCUCACCUCAGGUUUUAA